UAAGAGCGCUUGUAUCUGGUACCUAUUUAAAGCACUGUGCUUUAUUAUCUUUAGAAGAACCUUGUUUUGUCCUAUUAUUAAAACAUUGUAUGCUAUUUUUCCAACUGUGUAUAUUCUGUUUUUUUUCAAGUAUACAAAAUUAUGGACAUUAAUUAAAAAAAUGGACGAAUAUGAUGUAAUUCCAAAUAAAUGGUUACGAAAUGGAACAUGGGCCUUCUUUCCAACAGCAAAACCAAUGGGUACAAUAAAUCGGCUAGUAAGGCAGAGUUCUGAACCAGAAGCUGACUGGGACGUAAUAGACAACAUUGAAAUAAUAAAAAGUGAUUAUGAUAACUACGAACGAAGUUUAACGGAUAUGAUCCGCCUACAAAGAGGCCUACCGUCGUUGUCGUCGUCAGAAAAUGAAACCCGAGGUAGAGGGCAAAGGAAGGCAAAAAGAAGGAGUGACCACAAUUAUGGCACAUCAGAACCGGAGACUAGUUUGAAUAGCAGCAGUCAAAGUAAUGGGUCACCACAAGUGAUUUCAAAACGGGUGCACGUUCUAUCUGAAAUUCCGUCAACCUCUGCCGAAAUCCCUUCACCUCCACCCGGCUUCCUCAGUCAUACAAUUGCCCUACAACAGACGUUGACCGAAGUGGCAUUAACAACCAAAUGUCCCUUACCGAGCGGCCAGUACCACCAUUGUGCCUUCCAAGAUCACACGAUUAAUCUAUUGAACCUUGGUCGUAGUGCGUGUCUGAUUUCCCGAAGCAUCGAAAAAAUGUCAACGAACCUAAAAGCGCUAAAAUCCGAAAUAACAAGUUUAUAUGAACUUCAAAACCAGCUAUCGGCAAAUAAGACACAAACGGUGGACAGGGAAGACAAUGAAUUAGACGAUGAUACUAAUAACGAGGCCAUUUUACAGUAUUUUCCAAUUCAAACCAUGGCAGACCUAAAUAUCUUUGAAGAAAAAUUACCUUCCGAUCAUGUGUUUUGUAAUGCAGUGAUUACUGCUUUGGAGACACAGUUAGAGAAGUCAUCAGAAAACAAGACGGCUCGUAGUUUUGUUCGUUUAACGAUGGCUCCGGCGCUACUCCAAAAGUUUUCAUGGAAAGGCCAGAAACGAAAGGACAGACUAGAAAAGAAGGCGUUUGUGGAGUUAAAACUCUACCAAUUAAUGCUGCGAGUUUUAAAAAAAAUAUGGAAAAUUUCCAAUGUGCAGAGAGUGGAAGCUAGUGUAUCCAAUUACAUUGCACACAUUCGAAGUCUUGUUCCACCUACAGAAGAAUCAAAUUUCGAGAAGGAAGAUCCUAUGGAGAAUGUGUAAAUAUACCGUGUACAGUUAAAAUUACAAUUUAUUUUAUAUUAGUU